AUGAGUAAACGUUCGGCCAACGAUAUGGAGGCUAUGAAGCCUUUUGAACAACACGAUAGUGGGUUUAUGGCCCCUAUGGUAAUGUUUCCAACAUUUCCCCACAACGAUACGUUUAUCGAUAACCGGAUACUCACUGUUCACGCAACGCCUGUGGACAAUCAGGCGGAGGUGUACACAUUUAUACACCAUAAACAAGAAUAUGAAAUCAUGAAUAUCGAAGAUACAUUUUACCCUUGCGUAUGUCGUGGAAAACAAGGGAAAUUUAUAUAAAUAAUCAAUUGAUCAAUACCGUAACCUCUCGAAAACGAGCUUGCCUACCUUGAUCAUUUGCUCCGAGAAGUCCCGUCAGGUUAUUUACCCGCUAAAGAUAUCACCCUUUGUGUCCACGACACUCCUGGUCAAUUUGAUUCCAUUGCACAUCUCCAAGAUGGUGCAGAUGGCUGGCUCAAUCUUGGUGCGCGGGAGAGAUAUUUGGCGUGUAGUAGAACUACAGCCCUGGAAUGUUAUGAUCACAUUGAUCUAAUGGGUCUUAAUAAGCGCUAUGUACCCUCAUCGUACGAGUUGAAAGUAGUUUUGCAAAAACAAAAGUUUUGUUUGGUAAUGCCGGUCAUUGUGCGCUUUUAGAUGUACGUUUUGACGAUUUGAAAAUUACUGUCCCUGCCAUGAAGCCAAAAUUGCAGUUAAUUAAUCAAGCUAUGAUUCAAAAUGGUGAAGAGGGAAAAUAUUAUGUGAUUACCCAUCGUUACGUUCCCACACCACUGGCUAACGGCUCACAACGUAUACUUUUAAAAGACAUUUUUACUGGUUCACGACCAACAAGGGUCAUAACGUAUCUGAAAACACAGGAUCGUUACAAUGGCGCACACACCCUCAUCCAAACCUGAUUGCAAUUCCGGUUUUGGAAUUUUUUGGAAUAAAAAUCAACAAAGCAUUUGUACAACCGCUUGUACACAACUCUCGUGAGGCAUAUUUAAAUUUACAACGUAUUUUAAAUCGUCGUUAUGAUGAAAUGCCUUUUUCACACACUGAUUACCGUACAAGUCACGGUAUAAUUGUAACUGACCUAUUGCCAAAUAAGGAUAGUUACAAUCAGGUUUUAUCCAAUUCUACCAGUGGUGUGGUAAGUUUAGAAAUGAAGUUAGCUAACCCUUUGGGCGCACAACGCCAACUUAUUAAUGUUGGAGAAUUUCGUAAUCAGCUUAGUGUUGGUUAUCAAUCUCAGGCUCGUCUAAAAUAUGACUUUUAAAAUGGACAUUUUAACCUGCAGUUAAAUUAAGAACAAUUUUAAUUACGUUACAUUUAUAUACACAAUGCCUUGUGAGCGACAACAUAAAAAACGUGGUGCGGCAAAAAAACACUUGUAAAGCAAAAAUAAACGUCGUAAAAGCUCCUUUUUCUCGUACACCCAGUGUUAUUGGUCCUGGCGGUAUAGCAGUGCAAACAAUUCACGUACAUCCCGUUGUUUCAAAAUAUGAAUGAGGAUAAUAACAAUAUAACCGGCGAUAAACGCGAACAAAACUGUGAUACGAGUGAGGAGGGAAAAAAUGUGAACAGAGCAAUGAUUCUAUCGAUGAUUUGGAACAGGAAGAGGAAGUACAAGAUAAUGAUGAAUACACUAAUGACCAACCGGAAGAAGAAGAAAAUUACGACGAUGAAUUUAUGUAUUAUGAGAACCCUGUAGAUAACGAUAUUAUCGAACCGAAUAAUGCGGAGGAGGUAGAGAUUAACGAAGACGAUGACGACGCGUAUAUUGACGAUGAAACAUGUCGCGUUUUUUUACAACAACUAUUGGAGGCAAGACAAUUAAGUGCCGCCGAACGUAAGCAGAAUGCGUUUAUUCCUUCCACAAAAAAAUUCCUAAACCUAAGUUUCGAAGAACGAACAAAGAGACUAACAAUAACUGUAACUAGAAAUUUAUUAUAUCUAUGUGAAAAUAUUGUAAAUAUUUAA